CUGUUGGAGGCGGCGGCGCGCGCGAGCGAGCGAGCGAGCGAGGCUGCAGGCCCAGGCGGCUCCCCUCCUUCCUGAUGUGAAGCCAUGAAGAAGGACGUGAGGAUCCUGCUGGUGGGCGAACCAAGAGUUGGAAAGACAUCACUUAUUAUGUCUCUUGUCAGUGAAGAAUUUCCAGAAGAGGUUCCUCCACGAGCAGAAGAAAUCACUAUUCCUGCUGAUGUUACCCCAGAGAGAGUGCCAACCCAUAUAGUCGACUAUUCAGAAGCUGAACAAAGUGAUGAACAACUCCAUCAUGAAAUAUCACAAGCGAAUGUAAUUUGCAUAGUAUAUGCUGUGAACAACAAAAAUUCAAUUGAAAAGGUAACAAGCCGAUGGAUUCCUCUCAUCAACGAAAGGACAGACAAAGAUAGCAGAUUGCCUCUUAUACUGGUAGGCAACAAAUCCGAUCUGGUGGAAUACAGUAGCAUGGAGACCAUCCUUCCCAUCAUGAACCAAUACACAGAGAUAGAAACUUGUGUAGAGUGCUCCGCCAAGAACUUGAAGAAUAUAUCUGAAUUGUUUUAUUAUGCACAGAAAGCUGUUCUGCAUCCUACAGGGCCCCUCUAUUGUCCAGAGGAAAAAGAGAUGAAACCUGCCUGUAUAAAAGCACUAACUCGGAUCUUCAGGAUUUCAGAUCAGGAUAAUGAUGGCACCCUUAAUGAUGUAGAACUCAACUUCUUUCAGAGAAUUUGUUUUAACACACCACUGGCACCUCAGGCACUAGAAGAUGUAAAGAAUGUAGUCAGGAAAAAUCUAAGUGAUGGAGUUGCAGAUAAUGGAUUAACGUUGAAGGGUUUUCUUUUUCUACACACACUAUUUAUUCAGCGUGGGAGACACGAAACAACGUGGACAGUAUUGCGGCGCUUUGGAUAUGAUGAUGAUCUGGAGCUCACGCCCGAAUAUUUAUUCCCUUUGUUAAAAAUCCCUUCCGACUGUACAACAGAGUUGAAUCACCAUGCCUAUUUGUUCCUCCAAAGCAUUUUUGAUAAGCAUGAUUUGGACCGAGAUUGUGCUUUGUCUCCUGAUGAACUCAAAGAUUUAUUCAAAAUAUUCCCUUAUAUGCCAUGGGGACCAGAUGUCAACAAUACUGUCUGCACCAAUGAAAGGGGUUGGAUAACUUAUCAGGGAUUUCUGUCUCAGUGGACACUUACUACUUACUUGGAUGUACAGCGCUGCCUUGAAUAUUUGGGAUAUUUGGGAUAUUCUAUAUUGACCGAACAGGAAUCCCAGGCCUCAGCAAUUACAGUAACAAGAGAUAAAAAGAUUGAUCUCCAGAAAAAACAGACUCAGAGGAACGUGUUCAGGUGUAAUUUAAUUGGAGUAAAAGGCUGUGGAAAAAGUGGAAUCCUUCAGUCGUUGCUUGGAAGAAACCUAAUGAGACAGAAGCAUAUACGUCCAGACCACAAAUCUUAUUAUGCAAUUAAUACAGUAUAUGUAUAUGGGCAGGAAAAAUACUUGCUGUUGCAUAAUGUUCAAGAUUCUGAUUUCUUAUGUGACGCUGAGGUCAUGUGUGAUGCUGUAUGCCUAGUGUAUGAUGUUAGCAACCCAAAAUCUUUUGAAUACUGUGCCAGGAUUUUUAAGCAACACUUCAUGGACAGCAGAAUACCUUGUUUAGUGAUAGCUGCCAAGUCAGACCUGCAUGAUGUUAAACAGGAAUACAGCCUUUCCCCUGCUGACUUCUGCAAAAAACACAAAAUGCCUCCACCACAAGCCUUUUCUUGCAACACAGCUGAUGCACCAAGUAAGGACAUCUUUGUGAAGCUUACAAUGAUGGCCAUGUAUCCCCAUGCCCGGUUACGCUGUAUGUGCGCCUGCAACAGGUGUACAUUUUGCAUCUGUCAGAACCUCCUCAACUCAGACUUGCUGCAAUCUGUAAAGAACAAACUCUUCACUGCAGUUCUUAACAGGUCUUUGAUUUUAUUUACUAGGUUAAGAGCCCAUAUAGAUGAGUUGGGUGCCAUGCUGUUAUCGGAUGGGGAGAGCAGUGUUGUUCACCAAGUACACGCCGUCCACUCUGUUGAAGAGUCCAUCUUCAUGGAGUCAUCUCUUGAUCCACAGUUACUUGAACACAGGCACGUGACGCAAGCUGACCUCAAGAGCUCUACCUUUUGGCUUCGAGCAAGUUUUGGUGCUACAGUCUUUGCUGUUUUGGGCUUCGCCAUGUACAGAGCAUUACUAAAGCAGCGAUGAUCUGGAGGAAAGCACCUUUCUUGGGAAGGGAGGGACCUACCAAAAGGGGGUGGGGGGAACUUUUAUGUACAUUCUAAAUCUGCUAGAAAUAUUUAUAUAUGCGAGUUACUUUAUUUGUAAUCCAUGGAUAAGAUUAUUUUAAAUGAUAGUUCUAAACUUGCAGAAUGCAUAGCUUCCGGAAAAGAGAUUUUGCAUUACAGUGGCUACCAUUGGCUAUAUUUGUAAGGCCAAAAGGGAAUUAUUGUAAAAUAACUUGUACAUAUUAAGGCAGUGAGGCAUAGUGUCCCCCUAGAAUAGCCGAAGUCCCGUUGUUAUGGAGUGAGAGAGUGUAAUUAGAAUUUAUUUUCAGCAAUGUAGGUUCAAGUCCAGGAUCACUCUUCCUUUAUUUAUUUAUUUCACUGGCAACUGAACUUCUCUUUUUGAGAACUCUGUACGGGGUUUGGGGAGGAAGGACUCUUCUACUUUUUAAAAAAAUAAUUGCUCAUUAACCCACUAGUUGUAAUUUACAAAAGUAUUCUACUGUGGCCUAUUUUCCCGGACUUGGACUUUUUUUCUCUGUGUGUGUCCUACAUUGUAUAGCUAAAUGUGCCACAGCUCAAGGAGGAGCAGAGAAAGAAUGGCUCAAUUUUUCUUCACUGAGUAACAAGUACCACCAGCCACUUGUCAACAUCUGGCGCAAUGUGCCACUCAGUGGCUCUCUCAUUUCCCAGUUGAUGUUUUGUAGCCUUUUCCAGUCCAUUGGGCAGUCAGUUUGUAUAACUGUUUAUAAUUCACCAAAAGUGUUUGCUUCAUCCCUUCACUUUUGCAAGUCCUUCUGAACACUGUGUAUGAAUAGAACUGAAAUACUACACAGCGCUUUAUUCUACUCUGUAGUAGACUAGUUGCAUGGUUUGCACUGCAUUAUAAACUUGACUGGAAUUACCUGUCGGUGACAAUUUUUCAAACCACACAAAACAAAGACAAGAUUAAAUGAAAUUCCUCCUGUCAACCCUGUUUUUGCCAUCACUGGCCUUUUCAAGUAUUUCAAUAAAUAAGUGUACUGUG